AUGGAGGAUGCCCACGACGCUGUAUCCGCAACAGCCGGGCCCGCCCCUGCUGCAACGGGUGAAGAGAAGAGCAAGGUCGACGAUCGAGGUGAAGACCCUAUCCAGCAGGUGAAAGCCGCAAUUGCCGAGAUGGAGUGCGGCAUUCUUCGCCGGCUAGAAUAUCUCGAAAACCAGGUUCUACUUCUUUCAUCAGAGCUUGCAAAAUGCCGUGAGCUCGUUUCUCCAACCGAUCAACCUGUUGAGGACAGAUUCGACUCGAUGCGUGAGGCGUGUGAGGCUCUGCAGGCAUCCAUGGGCACCCUGGACCACAAGUUGGAAGACAGCAUGCGCCAGCUCAAAGAGCAAGUCCGUCAGGCCCGCAUGUCGAAGGUUCUCAUCAACUCGUGGUGCCGACAGGCAGCAACGAAAAUUGCAGACUGCGAAGAGGCCGUGUCGAAGAUUGCCUCUGGCAAAGAGGAGGAUGUGGUGCUCAAUGCUGUUAUGGGAAGAAUCGGACAGGAAAAGACCGAUCGUGAGGCUGACGUACAACUGAUAAAGCGUGAGCUGCAGGAACUCAGAGCGGCGUGUUCCCUGCGACGUGUGGCCUCGACACGGAGUCCAGGUAGGCGAAACGCCUCGCCCAAGAACAGGCCGCUUUGCAGAAGGCAGGGCUGGUUUACCGCAUCCUUGAGAUCUUUGAACUCCCCUGCAGCUCGCCAAAACCAACAAGAUCUGUCCACAAGCAUUGACUUUGCCUCUCCGCCGAAGAACGUGCGGGAUCUUGAUCCUUCAAACGUCCAAGACCUGGUUCAGCAGGUCUCACAACAGAUGCAGCCUCGAGUAUCACAUGCAGAAGCCUGGAGAGUGGACUUGCUGGACUAG